CUCAGACGUGAGCCCUCCCAAGCCCCUUCUCCCAAAACUCAGCAUCUUUGUCCCUACUUCCGAGGCAACUUUCCUCUCUGCCUUUACCACCUUCUCCACCUUCGGCCUAGCUGGCUCCUUUCUUGUCUCUGUCCUCUCCUACGUCCCCGCUGUCCCCUCCCCGGCACCUUCUCCCCACCAGCGGCUCGCUUCCCUCUCCAGGUGCGCGCCCUCACCCAGCGGUGCGCGCCCUCCAACGCAGCGGUGCGCGCCCCCAAGCCAGCGGUGCGCGCCUCCCACCCAGUGGUGCGCGCCCCCCAACACAGCGGAGCGCGCCCCCCCGCCAGCGGUGCGCGCCCCCACCCCGCGCUCCGCUGCGCGCUUGCGCCCUGCAAGCGCCGGAGCCGGCCGCUCGGAGUUGAAGGAACUUGUUCAUCGUGAGCGUUUCGCGCGGGGUCCCGGCUCAGGGUCCCCAGGCCGGGCGGUGGCCGCGCUCGCCCUCCGGGCGCCCUCCUGCCCGCGAUGGGCUGCUCCAGCAGCGCCCUCAACAAGGCCGGCGACGGCAACAGGCUUCGCAGCGCCACAGAAGAAAGUGAGUCCUGCUUUGUCCAGCCCAAACCACGUGCACAGGGAAGAGAAUCUACUUUGUGUGGCAAAGUACAAAAGGAAAGCCUUCCUCCAUUAGAGAAGCUCAGGAUCUCAGCCGCAUCCACAGCUAAUGGUGUUCAGUUCCUCCCUGAACAGCCUCUGGCAAAGGAGGCUGCAGACCCACCAGGAACCACAGAGGAAACUCAGCCUCUGGAGGGACUGAAGGGGUCUGAGCCACCUCAGCCAGGUGGCAAAGAUGGUGCUCCAGGAGCAGGAGGAAAGGAGGAGGAUGUGGAAGCAGCGACAGAGGCUCCGCCUUUGAAAGGAAGUGCUGAGACUGAACCUUUAGGAGCGGAAGCCAAAGGUCAGCCUUUGAUAACAGCGGGAGAAAGGGACUCUGUGCAAGGUACUGAGGAUCCACAAGCUGCUGGAGAGAUUACGCCUCUAGGAACAGCUGAGAGAGUUCCUCUGGAAGCAGCCAGAGAGCCAGGAUCUCAAGAAGCUGGGGGAAACGGUGAACAGUCCCAACUCCCAGAGACAGUUACCAAGGAGACAGAAUCUCCGGAGAUAUUGGAAGGCAGUCAGCCUGUGGAAACAGCUCAGACGCAGCAACUUCAAGAAACAGUGGGAGAAGAUGAGCAGUCCCAACUUGUAGAAACAGUUCCCAAGGAGAAUGCAUCUCUGCAAGUAUCGGACGGAAGUCAGUCUGUGGGAGCUGAGGAAAAAAACCAACUUCAGGAGACGCUGGGGAAAGAUGAGCAGUCUCAGCUUCGAGAAACGAUGCCCAGAGAGCAUGGCGGACUGGAAGUGUCGGACGGAAGCCAGUCUGUGGGAGCCGAGGAAGAGAAGCAACUUCAGGAAACGCUGGGGAAAGAUGAGCAAUCCCAGCUUCGAGAGACGAUUCCCAGAGAGCAUGGCGGACCGGAAGUGUCGGACGCAAGUCAGUCUGUGGCGACAGCUGUAAAGGCUGAUUCACUCUAUAAAACUCCCGAAGGUCCUGGGAACAUGCAGAAGAUCCAACCUGAAAGAACAGUUGGAAGCAUGGAACAGCCGGCAGGAAUUCUAGAGACAGGGGCGAAGGUGGAAAUGGCCAGGAAAAUUCACACUGACGAAGAGGACCAACACAUUGAAGGUGAGACAGGAGAAACGGUUGAAACAGAGAUGGAGAGUGAGAAAGUCAGUGAAGAGGCUGAAACAAAAGAAGAAGAAACAGGAGAAGCCGUGGAUCUUUCAGCAGCCACACAGAUAGGUAUGGAUGGAAGGGUGAAGGGACACAGCAUGUUAUAACAGAGAAGACAGAAAACUGCAGUGAAGUUGUGGUUACAGAUGGUAUAUCUUUCAACAUCGACAUGUUUUAUACAAGGAAAAUGUGGUAUCAUGUUCUUGAUUACAUUGUUCCAUAGAACUGCUAAGCUGUAAAUGGUUUUCUUAGCUACUUAGAAUUCAGAACUACAGUAGCCAGAGCCAGUACUGACUAGAGUAUAUAUUCAUUUAAGAGUGUGAGGGCAUUUUCUUCAUUGUGGCAAUGGGUCCAUUCAGUGUAGAAAAGUGAGACCCUAAAAGAAAACAUACACCUUUAAGUACAGGUGGCUGGAGAAAGGAGUUAAGUGAAUUUUAGGCAGCUCAUGAUAAUGAAAUCACACAGAAUUAGGAUGGAAGAAGAAUGAUCAAUAACAAUGGGGCAAAUUACACCUAGUAUUUCUUUCCUAUCACAGAAUUGAAAGCUAGUCGGAACCUGGCAAAGUGUGUCAUUUAAUUACCUUCUUACCUUAAGUCUAUCUACUACCAAGGAUCCUUAAUGAUCAUGGUGUAUGAAAAAAGGUAACAAAAUUCUUGUAAAAGGAAUACAGACUCUGGUACUGUUAUAAAAUUAGGCAUUUUUCACAAUGAAAGGCUACACCUUUUUAAUGUGCCAUUUUGAAUCAUCUAGUGAUUUUAUAUGUAUGUGAGGUGUUUCAAUUGCUGUUAUUCCUUUAACUGACAUUAAAGGUAUUUUAAAUUGACUUUUAAAUGUAUUUCAGAGGCAACAAACAGCAAGAAUUAAAAACUAGAUUUGUUGCCUAUUUGGAGUCUAUUCCUUGGGCUCUAUUUUUUUUUUAAAGGGUACUUUGAUUUAAUAUUAGGCUUUAGAGGUGGGAAAGAGCUAAAAAAAUCAAGAUUUUAAAACCAUUUAUAAUAUUUCAUUAAUGUUAAAAUGAUAUAUCAUAGAAAGUCACCUUUCAAGAAUUCCUCCAAAGUUGCCAAGGGAUUUUGGUAAAUUACUAUCUGUGAUUAUAUGUGAAUAAGAAUAAUGAUAGCAAUCUUUUUCACCAGUGAGUGCCUUGUGCUUAUACCAGGAUAGAAUUAUAUUCUGGACACAUUUGGUAUCUUUAUCUUAUUUGUAAAUAUAUAGUUUAAGGAUAACUUCUCAGAUGAAUUAACUAGACUCUUUUACUUUAGCUUCUGUAUUAAACUAUGAAGAUGAUGUAAUUAAUUUUAAGAACAUAGAAUAGAGGGAAGAAUUAUCUUUACUCUGAUUUUAAUGUUUUUAUGUUCCUGACUUUAAAGAGUUGAAUUGAGGUAGGUAACAAGAGGAGUUACUUGAGUAGAUGACCUCAUCCUGUCUGCAAAAUAAAGAAGCUGGAUUGUGAUUUUAUUGAGAAGAAGGACUAUUUUAUGUGUCUUUGAAUUCAUGCGUUUUACUCUUUUAAUGGAAAAGAUGGGUGCUUUCAUGAAAAUGAUGGGUGCUUGAUAAGUAUUUGUCAAAUCAAUAAGUGAAUAACAAGUACCAGGGUUCCCAUUUAUACUUACUUCAUUAAAAAAAUAUUUAAAAUAUGGA